AUGCCAUAUCUGAACCGCAGGGGAGCCGGUCGCCUUCUCAGGACAGUUGGUGGUCGAGAGCACGCCACGGAAAAGGACCACGAACCGGAUGACUGCAUGAGAGACGGAUCUCACAGUACCGAAGCGCCCAUGCCGACACCUCCGGACAGCGCUCGAAGCUCUCGACCGAAGAGAAAGAACGGCAGCGCGCCGCUGAAGCCGGCGAAGGUGGAAGUGGAAGACGAUGAGCGGGAACCGGAGAGCUCGAGUAGUGAAGUUGAGAGUGACAAAUCAGGUGCAAGAGGAGGAUCUACAUCGGGGUUCAGGAAAGCGGCCACAAUCGACUUUACAGAGCCGGUGGAAGAGAGCAGAAGUUCGUUUCGAAUACCCAAAAAUGUGCUGCCACCGCAGAGUCCGGAGAGGAAGCUAUGGAGUGACAAAGAGCUGGAUGAAGGUCAGAGUGAAAGUGAACCCGAGCUCUUCGGGGAAAUCAAGAGGAAGAAGUCUAAGAGACCGAGACUUGAACGACCAGAUAACAUUCACGCCAAGCCAGCGAAAGGAAAGGUCGAGCCGCUCGUGAAGAAGAAGCAGACAUUCGGCAAUCGAGGGCGCACCGAAAGAGAGAAAGAGCAAGCCAAGAAGAAAGACUUCGUAAAGCCGAAGACCAUCCUUGAGCCGGCUGAAACGAAGGCGAGAUUCGUCAGGCACGAUGUGCCGGCGAGGCAAUUCGGCGCCAUCAUCUCUUCGCAGACCUCUGCGGGAGACUUUCAGACAACAGGCGGCGCAGCUGGCGAUCGGCAAGCAGAGUCCUCGUCUCCGCUGAGCUCAUUGGAAGCGUCACCUGAACCCGACUCUCUUACCUUUGAUUGCGAGACUUGCACUCGACCUGUGAACAAGCUGCUUCGUGAGGAGUACGAGGAUGAGUACGUUAAAGGACGGCAAUGGACGAUGAAGCGGCAAGAACAGUUUUGCGAAUGGCAUCGUAAACAGACGGCGCAUGAGAUGUGGAAGGACAGAGGAUAUCCUGCGAUCGACUGGACUGGUCUGGCAAAGCGAAUGAGGAAGCAUGACUCGUUCUUAAUAGACGUGCUUAACGAUGAGGCUAUCUCGCAUUACCGCAGCAAUUUCAAAAAGCAGUCGAGGUCGAAGGGAAUGAAAGGUGGUUUCAAGGGUAAUGCGAAGCCCGGUGCUUCGGUUGGCUACUACGGUCCGAAGGGCGAGAAGAUGAUCGACCACAUUAUCCAACAGCUCUCGACCAACAUCCGCGAACGAGCCACCAAAGACCAGCUCGUCGCGACCUCUGGCUUCCAGGGCGGUGUCUCGGGAUUCGUGCAGGCUGUUCUCGUCCCUCACCUCGCAGAACUGCUCGUCAAGGAUGAUAUGAAACUUGCCGGAGACUGGGAAGUAAAGGCGCGGGAGAUCAUCUCGGAUAGUGUUGAGGUGGGCGAGCUGAUGCAUCCUGAGGUGGAAGAUCUUAUCGUCGAGGUCGAGUAUGACGAGUGA